AAAAAUUUUGAAAAAUUAUUCUAUGAACAUAUAUUCAGUUUAUUUUAUUAUAAUCGUUUAAUAUUGGAAAAAUGGCCAAAUUUAUUUACAAUCAAUUAUAAUGGUAAUAAUAAUAAUAAGGAAAAAAUUUUCAAUCAAAAAAUUCAACGACCAUUUUUACAUGUAAUUUUACCCGGUUUAAUAACAACAUUAUUCGCUAUAACAUUAUUAAUCUAUGUUUGUCAACCUGUUUGGUGUGAAAAUUAUAAUUUUUGGUUAUUACAUAAUUUUGUACCGGAAAAUUGUAAAAUUUAUUCAUUAAUUGUUGGUAUGACAUGGUCAUGGAUACAUUUUUUACAAAUGUUUUUCGGUUAUCGUCAACGAUUAAAAUAUUUUCGUUUCCUAAUCAUAUUGAAUUUGAAUCAAUUAAAUGGACUUAAUGAACAUGAUCGUUAUAAAUUACGUUUAUUUAUGGAAAUAAUAUUCAUUGGUUUAAAAAUAGUAAGUCAUAUUAUAUCGAUUGGUGCAUAUUUAGCAAUGACCGUACAGGUAUUCAAUAAAUCAUUAUGGAAUAUAUCAAUUUUAUGGUUAUUAUUUUGGAUGAUUAUCUAUAUAUUUUGGCCAUAUUAUAUAUGUUCAGCAUUAUAUAUGUUUCCGGCAUUUAUACUUCCAAUUCAUUAUUAUAUUGAAUUGAAACAAAAAUCAAUUAAUCGAAAAAUUUUUCAAUUAAAAUAUUCAACACAAACAAAACAACGAUUCGGAAGAAUUCCACAAAAAAUUAUCCGAGAUUUUUUGCAAUUAAAUCAAAAAAAAAUGCAAAAUAGUGAUGAAAUUGUUGAUAUUGAUAUACAAUCAAGACGUUUAUUGACAAUAUUGUUUGUUGGAUUUAGUAUAUUAAUUACAUAUAUAACAUAUUUAAUAUUUUUUGCAAAAUUAACAUUUGUUUAUCGUUUAUUAUUCAUUGUUGUUUAUUUGGGUCAUUCAUUUACAUUAUUAUCAAUGAUUUAUAGUAGUUCAAAAAUUGUAACAAAAAAUGAACAAUUUCAUCGAUUAAAUCGAAAAUGUUUAGAUAAUUUUUAU